GUGAGCGUUUAGCCGUUGGAGCGGGAAGGAAGUCCUAAGGGCUUUCUUCUGUUUCUUAACUGAUCCGCUUGUAAAUAGCAUUUUGGUUUGUCGGGCCUUUGUUUUACUUUCAAUAGCCUUUUUUUUUUUCCGUAAAAGGGAAAUCUCGAUGGACCGAAUCAUAACUUUAUAAUAUUUUUUAUGUUAAAAACUUGAAGAAAAUAUAAUUUCAUGAACUAUUCCAAAGAACAGUGUUCAUUUACCCCACUAAAUGGAGGAACUAAUAAUGAACCCAUGACAAACAAUAUUACCGAAUUUCUUGCCUUCAUUAUUUUCCAACUUGUGCCAUUCAAGAUCCAUUAAAAACGUUCAAAGAAACUGUUAGACCUCAAUCUCGUAAAACUAAUAAACAGUAAAGAUUAAAAACAAAAUCAAAUGGAGACAAUUAUCAGAUUUGUAUCUGUAAAAUUCUGUUUUGUCUUAGCAUUUCUUCUCAUUUGUUUUGUCCACCAUGUUUUUUCUCUUUCUAUUACAGUAGUUGAAGUGGAAUGCGUGUCCGAACUUGUCCUCUAUGAUGGGGAUAUCAUAUCUGGGAACUUUGUCGUCGUGGAUCAUGAAAUUUUUUGGAACUCCGAGCAUCCUGGAAUCGAUUUCAGCGUAACCUCUCCAGACGGUAACCUUGUGCACUCUCUGAAAGGAACAUCAGGGGAUAAGUUCGAGUUCAAAGCUCCAAGACGCGGAAUCUACAAUUUUUGUUUUCGUAAUCCUCUUGCCACUCCAGAAACCGUUGCUUUCUACAUUCAUGUCGGCCAUAUUCCGGAUGAAAAUGACGUUGCCAGAAAUGCACAUUUUGAUCCUAUACAUGUUAAGAUUGCUGAGCUAAGAGAGGCAUUGGAGUCUGUUACAGCCGAGCAAAAGUAUUUGAAAGCACGCGACAGUCGCCACCGAUACACAAGUGAAAGCACAAGGAAACGUGUGAUUUUGUAUACGCUUGUCGAAUAUUUCUUUUUGGCUGCUUCAAGCGUGCUUCAGAUUGUGUACAUUCGCCGUUUGUUCAGCUCGUCAGUUGCUUACAACAGAGUUUAA